AUGGCAAAUGGCGGGAUCCAGAAAAAUGACGGUACAACAGGUUCUAAAACAGUACAGUUUUGGACUUAUUCAAGGGAAAUUGACAUCAUCAUGAAAAAGAUAUCGUUUCUGGAAAGGAACAUAACCAGACAACUGGACACUCUCCCACAUUUCCCAAAGACUUUGCCGCCAAAUCACGAAACACACAUAAACAGAACGAGGAGGGCGAAGGGGAGUUGGAGUACUCAGCUGAAAAACUUAUUAGGGAUUUACUCCAGGGACGAAAUCUCCACUUUGGACAAUUUAGCUGCAACGCUUCAUGACCAAGUUUUGAAACUGCAAACUAAACUGUUCCCAGUUGCCAUACUAAAACAGGUCCAUCUUAAUAAGGACAACGUAGAAAACCAAAAAAUCCUAAAAGAGAUUACAUACGAGUACCUUUCCAAGAAAAACUGCCCACGGGAGAGUAAAUUUGGCGCGUUCAUCGUCAAAAGGAUUUUUUUCGGUGAUCUAUCUCUUGGGGUUUCCAUAUUGGUCAACCGAACAGCUUUUGAGACAGUUCAAUCGUCCACUGUAGUGGUGAGAAGUUCUUUUAUUGAAAAUGAUUUCCUUUACGAAGACUAUUUGAUAUGGGGUUGUAGAAUGAAAAGACGAAAGAAAUUCAAAAGGAAAAUCUUAUUUAUUUCUACUACAAUAAAUUUCAAUUAUCAAACUAAAGUUUAA